AUGCAGCAAUUGGAAAAACGAAUGAUGGAACCUCAAGUACUAAUUCAAGGAAGCAACAAACUUCCCAAAGGCAAGAAAACCAAGAAAACAGUGAACCCUAAAGCAGUGACUGAUGAUCCACCAUAUGCUGGAGAUGAACUACGAGUCAUUCCACCUCAGCCAACAGUGCCCACAAACCUUCUAAUGCCUGGCCCGUCAUCAGCAGGACAACUAGCAGAGUUUCCUGAUCAACUCGUGUCUCUUCCAAGCUACGAAGAGAUGACAAUGGAUGACAUGUUUAAUGGCGGACCUAGGUCAAUGGAAAAACAACCUGACCUAGCACCUGAGCAAGUGUUGGAAGAGGGAGUGGCAGUGACCCAAGAUGGGCGAACCGUGGAAUGGUGGUCUGUGGAGGAACCAGUGGCUCAGACAGAGGUCUACGAGUAUUUCAAAGAUGAAAACAGACCUCUGCAUACCAACUUUGUCCUUCCUAAACAAGGGCAAUACUCUACCUGCCUUGUCUUUUUUGGAAGUGUUGAGAGCAAGCAGAUUGUGGCUGAAGCCUUAUGUAACGGCAUACACACCAAAAUACUCCAUCAAUGGGGAAUCCUUAGCUGUGAAUGUGGGUUAGUGCCCAAAUUUCAGUUGAGUUCGACACCCAGAAACGAAAACAAAGUCUUCCUAGGCUGUCCUCGAGAAGCCAGAUGUGGGUAUUUUCAGUGGAUCCAUCAGGCCCCCAAACCAAACUAUGUGCCCAAGACAGCAACCCGAGCAGCCCUCAAGAAACGACUGAAUGACAUGGUCAGUGAAAAAAUGACCUUUCAGAAAAGGCAGAAAACCGAAGGAGGAUUUCAAUUUCCUUAAACAUUGUGAAAAAGGUUGUUUUUAGUUUAUGAAAGUUGUUUUUGCCUACGUGAUGUCAUGUUGUUUGUCUUGUCUUGCCCCUUCCCUUGGGAAGGUCAUUGAUGUCAUGGCCCAGACUUGCCCGCUCCCUAGGGAGGGAUUGACGUCAUUGUUCAACAAGAGAUUUUGUUGUAAAAUAAAUGGCAAGCACUGAUCAAUUAUCAGUCAUCACCAUGGACUUGAGCGUAAAGCAACCUUUAACCACCGAGUUUCUCCUAGUAUUUGGAGACCAAGAGAAACCUUGUCCCUCGUUUUAUGGGAAAGAAGAUAAGAAGAAAGUCAGAGAGGUCCUUCAACAAGAGAUUCAUCCUGAAGUGCAUGCCAAAUGGGGUGACAUGAAGUGUCAUUGCCAACUGAUUCCCAAGAUUCAGUUAAGUAAAACCGCCAAAAAUCUCAACAAGGUGUUUCUCACCUGUGGUGGUUCGGCUAUAGAAUCUUGCUGUAAGUUUUUUCAGUGGAUCCACACACCAUUGUAUCCCAUGCCAGGUGAUCCAAUGCCAGACUGGUUUCGAAAAAAACAAACUGACAAGAAACCUUGCAAACCAAAACCUCUCAAAUCCUACAACCAAGAGAGUCGAACAUUGUUGCAGCAAGCAGAGCAAAAUGUAUAG